AUGGCAAAAAAUGACCUUACUAUAGAACAGUAUAAGACAAGAGUAAAUCAGUGGUUCCAGCUGGAUGAAAAUCGCCAAUCAAGGAAUUUACAGAUAGUAGACCCAAUCUUAAUAACAAGGGUAGCCGAAUUAGAAGAUUGGAAAUUCAAUCAUUUAUCAGGUGUUGAAAGGAAAGUUGCAAUAGGAAAUGUAAUUAAUAAUAAAGAAACUUCGGUAUUAGAAGUAUGCAGAGGAUGCGAACAUAAGGAAACUCGGGAGACAAAAUAG